AUGAUACGCCCCAAUAUUGAAAAUCUGUUGCGUAGUUUUGUCGCAUCUGAUGCCUCGGUGAAAUCUUGUAUUUCUUUAAUAGAGGAUUCAAUUUGUUCAAUUAAGUAUGCUAACGAAUUUCGAACUGCGUUUGAGAAAUUACAACACAAAGCUAAAAGCAAUCUGCUUGAGAUGCGCGAAAUAUUGCUGAAGCUGUAUAUCGACAAUGACUCUUCCCCUCCACUUCAUAGUCUAAAAAUGAGAUCUGCAGCCUCCAACAACAAGCGGCAAUUUCACGAAUUACAGGAUUCGUAUAACAAAGUCGUACUUAAAGGAAUUGCCCACUUAGAAAAACUUGAGAAGGCUUCUCUGAUCUAUGAAACAUACGGACGAUCUAACAAAACUACUCGCAACUACCAUGAUUUAGACGAUGAUCUAACUCAAGAACUACAGUCUCAUGCAAGGAGUCUUGCUGAACAGGUUGCGCUCAGUUCAUCCAACGCAACCCUCGCUGUCGACUCUUCCCAAAAGAUAAGUGAUAACGCCAAUGAGCUUCGUGAAAUGUCUGGCGAACUAUACGUGUCUUCCCGGCUUGCCAAACGUCUUUCAAGGCGUCGGUUUACUGACAGAGUUCUAUUUACUUUGGCAUUCCUGUUUUAUUUUCUUACUUGUGCUUACAUUUUUAUUAAAAGAAGUUAUAAAUGA